AUGGCCGGAGGGGAAGAGCCUGAAGGAAAAUGUAGCUGCCGUCUGUGGCCCCCGCAGAGCGACGACUCGGAUGUGUGGGACGACACGGCCCUCAUCAAGGCGUACGACAAGGCGGUGGCCUCCUUCAAGAACGCUUUAAAGAAUGGAGAGUGUUCGGAGCCUUCAGACAAACAGGAACAGCGUGUGGGGAUGAAGAGAAAAAACAAUAAAAAGAACAGAAAUAGAAAAAAGAGCAACACAGUGCCUUCAAAACAGUGGAAAGUUGGUGACAGCUGUAAUGCGGUUUGGUCUGAGGAUGGUAAUGUGUACCUUGCAACUAUUGCCUCCAUCAAUCAGAAGAGAGGCACGUGUGUUGUUACUUACACGGGAUAUGGAAAUCGGGAGGAGCAGAACCUGUCUGAUCUACUUCCUCCAGCCAGCAAUGAAACAGUAAAUGGGAUGGGGAAUUCUGGGGAGAAUGAAAAUGAGACUCCGUAUUCAACAGAUGAAAGUGAAAAAUCUUCCCAGUCACCUCGAAACAAAAACAACUGCACGAAAACAAGAUUCUCCCCUCAAAACCUACGUUUUCCCUCACCACCAGCAGCCCCAGGCCUGCGAAGGCCAGGACCAAAAUUCAGGGCUCCUCCAUCUUUUCUGUCUUGCUGGCCCCCACCCUUCCCAGCAGGACCUCCGUUGAUUCCUCCUCCGCCACCUAUGAGGCCAGACUCUCCUGAGGAUGAUGAAGCAUUGGGGAGCAUGUUGAUAGCCUGGUACAUGAGUGGUUAUCACACUGGGUAUUACCUGGUACGUGCCAUUUGUCUGGAACUGUCAUGUCUUUGUAAUUUUGCUUUUGUGUUGCUGCUGCUGUUUUCAGCAAGAAGUUAGAGAGGGAGGGCUGCUUUUUAGAUCUCUUAUUCUAAU